CAUGUCGAGAAUCAUGUCGCCGUCGCUGCUGCUGGUCCUGGCGUUAACUAUUCCAGGCGGAACAAACUUAACCGGAGCCGAGGAUUGCAAUGGUACAGAGAUAGUCAUGAAGGAAAGACGAGUUAUCGAAACUAUGGAGUGUGGAAAUUCUUCUUUUCUGUACGUGAAGCCUGAGAGUGACUUUCUCGGUGUCUGUCUUACAAGUCAGAGAAACAAUGGCACCAACCAUACUGCCUGCUUCUAUGCGAAAGAAUGUUUCCCGCAUAAUGGCAAGCUACAGCAAUUCUGGCCAUGGAUGCAUGAAAACAGCUUGGGGACGACGCUUACUUUUGGCAUCUGGAGUAGCACAUGCAGGCUAGAGUGUAAGAUGGAUAUUCCUUCACAAACACUCCACAAAUUCAGCGUGGUGGCGUACGGCCCUUCCAAGUGGAUGAAGUCACAACCAAAAUACUGUAACUUCGCACCUAAGAACAUCUCAAUCCUAAGAACUACACCCUGCGAUCAGCCUUCACUCAUCACGAUUCCCACACAAGGCAAGAAUGGAAACAUGAACACUGUGUCCGAGGUGUUCCUUUCUCACCAGCUGACGAUAAUAAUAGCGUCACUGAUGGUAGGAAUGGUGGUGGUUGUACUUGUAGGUGUGGCCUGGUGGAAGCUAUAUCUGACGUCACGUAACACAGCAACGACAGACGAUCUCAUUCAGCCAAGCAACGAAUCACAGGUUACAGCAAAUGAACUGUACGAAUCAGUAGGCAAUUUCUUGAAUGAGCAGGGAGGAACACUGCUCACCAUCGAAAACAAGAACAGGCAAGAUCACAGUCAUCACAUGCAAGAGCUUGCUGUUUGAUGGGGAUUAAGGAAACUGUUUACUUUUAUUUUUUUUUUGUCUUCACAUAAUUUGAAUAGGGAAAAUUUGUGUCGGCUUUUGAAGGCAUUACUUUGAAAACUGUUUCCCUCAUUCUCUCUUCAUGUAUUUUAAAAUGUUUCAUUACCAGUUAUUCUCACUGUAUUUUAUUCUUUUGGUCAGAAGGCUGGAUGAUUUGUGUCUUUUUCAUAAUUUUGAUAAUUUCCUUAAUUCGGCUUUUCUGCUAUGUAUUUCAUGAGCUACACCGAUUUCUUAUUCAAUCUGUUUACAAAUAAAUAAAUAAAUAUAUAUAUAUAUAUAUAUAUAUAUAUAUAUAUAUAUAUAUAUAUAUAUAUAUAUAUAUAUAUAUAUAUAUAUAUAUAUAUAUAUAUAUAUAUAUAUAUAUAUAUAUAUUAUUGACAUACAAUAGGGCUUUUUACAUACUUUGCAUAUUGUAUUAAAAAUAUUGUUUUCUGGUGUAUUCUUGUGUUUUCACAAAGUUGUGAUUUGUCUUUGUUACGACUUCCACGAGUGGAUAUUCAUAACACUUCAAACAAAGCCAUCAUAUUUCGCUGGCCAGAUGUCUUAAUCGCUCAUCUCAGCAAUGUCCAAAAAAAAUUUGGAAGUCAUGUAUAACAUCAUGUCAGAUCUGGGUGUCAUAAGGCAUGACUGCCGGAGGACUGUCUUGAAGCAACAGCACGUGAAAAAAAAAAAAAAAAGCCAAUCCUCAAGUAUAGACUCUGCAGUAGAAACAGCUGCCAUUUAUGAUUUUUUUUUAUGUCGAAAGAGAACACUGGACUAUUUAAACGAAGAGGGAAAGAUUACAUGAUAAAUAAUAAGAUUGUACUUUUAUGUGAUCAGCAACAACAUUCUUGAUCUUUUCCUAACCUCUAACUGUACGAUUUUUUCAAACUGUUCGCACAGAACGUUGGGCUCCUUUGAUCACUGUUAUUUCCGACCCUUUGGCACUACACCUUUCUUAAGUGGGAACAGCCGAAAUUCUGAUUCUUCCUAAACUAUUGCUUCUUUGUUCAUGACUUCUUUAUGCAGAACACAUAACGGAUGCCAUUUUCUCUGGCAUGAAGGUCUGCAUUUCACUCACUUUCUCUAAUCCCAUUUCUUUCCAUUACUACAGCUCUGGUAUUUUUGUGUUUCUUGUACCUGAAGUCACUAUUUUCCAGAAGUCUGCAGAAAGUUGCUCUUUUUCCUUUGUAAUUGUGUAAAAGGGUUUGAAUCCAGGAUUGGUAACUAAUAACUCAUAGUAGACAAGUGCUUUUCUUCUGAGAGUUUGUCUAAUCUGUCAAUGCUGUUCAAGAUAUCGUGUUGCCAAAACCGGAGAAAAAUAAAAAUUAUAAAGAGUA